GUUCCCUGUUCUAGAAAAGGCGACCGUAACGCGAAAAGGAAGUCCGGAGCAAUGUUUUGGCGGGUUGUUUGGUUGUGAACGGGGAGGGUCAUGCUUUGCUGCCUUUUUCUAAAAUGACGGAUAGAACGGCUCCAACGUCGUCGCUAAAGCUAGAAUGGGUCUAUGGCUACCGUGGUCACCAAUGUCGGAACAAUCUUUACUAUACGGCCGCGAAAGAAAUCGUGUAUUUUGUCGCCGGUGUUGGUGUGGUUUACAACACGAGGGAAAACUCGCAGAGAUUUUUUCUUGGCCAUAACGAUGACAUUAUAAGUUUAGCAUUACACCCAGAGAGACAAUUAGUGGCCACUGGGCAAGUUGGUAAGGAUCCAUACAUUUGUGUCUGGGACACAAAAGCAUGUCAGACAGUGUCCAUUUUGAAGGACACCCACCAGAGGGGAGUGACCUGCUUAGCAUUCAACAAUACUGGCACGCUUCUUGUCUCGGUUGGUUUGGAGGACUAUCAUCUUAUAGCCGUGUGGGACUGGAGGAAGGGACGUGUGCUGGCCACAGUGAGAGGACAUACUGAUCGAAUCUUUGACAUUCAGUUCAAUCCUUAUCAAGAGAAUGUGCUUGUUAGCUGUGGAGUGAAACAUAUCAAGUUUUGGACCUUGCGCGGGAAUGCACUCAAUCCUAAGAAAGGAGUUUUUGGUAAAGCUGGAGAAAUUCAAACCAAUCUGUGCUUAGCCUUUGGUCCCAAUGAUGUGACAUACUCUGGAACCCUGAGUGGAGAAAUUUACAAAUGGAAAGGGCACAACCUGUCAGGAACAAUUCCAAAUGCACACACUGGAGCAAUAUUCACAAUGCAUGGUAACAAUGACGGGUACGCCACAGGAUCCAAAGAUGGAACAGUUAUUCUUUGGGACAAUGGUUUUAAACCUAUCACCAAACUGGAUAUGAUUAACACUCCAGUUGGUUAUGAAGGUCUGUCUGUGCGAAGUGCAUUCUGGAUGGGUGAGAAAAUCCUGGUUGGUACAAAUGCUGGUGAGGUAUUUGAGGUCUUAGCAACAGACAAGGACAAACCUAAAACCAUUGUUCAGGGCCAUGCUGAAGGGGAACUCUGGGCGUUGGCUGUACACCCAAAGAAGGCAAUGUUUGCCACAGGCAGUGAUGACAGAAGUGUCAGGUUAUGGAGUAUGUCAGAUAUGACGCUCCUAGCAAGAACUGACCUGGAUCAGAAGGCCCGUUCUUUGGGUUUCAGUGCUGAUGGUAGUCAUUUGGCAGUGGGACUUGGAGAUGGAUCCUUCAUGGUUUUAAAAGCCAGGGAUCUAUCUGAAGUUACCCACAUAAAAGACCGCAAAGAGGUAAUCCAUGAAUUAAAGUUCUCACCAGAUGGACAACAUCUUGCAGUUGGAUCCAAUGACAACUUUGUGGACAUAUAUUCUGUGACGCAGCAUUACAAGAAAGUUGGAGAAUGCAAGGGCAGCUCUAGUUUUAUCACUCAUUUAGAUUGGUCUAUGGAUAGUAAAUAUUUACAAACAAACUCUGGCGCGAGUGAGAGAUUGUUCUUCAAGAUGCCAAGUGGAAAGCGCAUUGCAAACAAAGAAGAGGUCAAGGCAAUCCAUUGGGCCACAUGGACCGGUGUCCUGGGUGUGGAGGUGAAUGGAAUCUGGGAGAAGUACACAGAUACAAAUGACGUCAAUGCUUGUGAUGCAAGCUUCCAGAAUGAAGUUUUAGUUACUGGUGAUGACUUUGGCCUUGUGAAGCUCUUUAGAUUUCCUUGUCUCAGAAAAGGUGCUAAAUUCAGAAAGUAUGUUGGACACUCAGCACAUGUCACAAAUGUCAGAUUUUCUCAUGACAUGAUGAGAGUGAUUAGUGUUGGUGGAGGUGAUCACGCAAUCUUUCAGUGGCGUUACUUGCCUGAUGGUUCCCGUGACGAUGAUGAUGAUGUUGAUGGUGGAGCAUACCUGGAGUCCAACAGUGACGACAGUGACUCUGAAGCAUCAGAUGCCGAUGAACUUGAUAGUGAUAUUGAGAAUGAACGUCAAAUUGAUUAUGGAAGGACAUUGUAUCGUGAAGAUUUACCAGCACUGAAGGAGAGAAUGAAACUAUCGAAAGAUGAACAAGAGAAGGAAGACAAUGUUCCACGUCAAAAACCUCCCAGUGAGGGCUUGAGAUUAGAGUUUGUGUUUGGCUACCGUGGGUACGACUGUCGGAACAAUCUCUUUUACUCUCAGGGUGGUGAGAUUGUGUACCAUGUGGCUGCUGUAGGCAUUGUGUACAAUCGUGAGCAUCACAAGCAGAGGUUUUACAAUGCGCACACAGAUGACAUCCUUUGUUUGUGUAUUCACCCAGUCAGAGACGUUGUUGCCACAGGGCAGGUGGGACGGGAUCCUGCUGUUCAUGUAUGGGAUGCAGUGAAGAUGGAGACCUUAGCUAUCCUCAAGGGGCAACAUGAGAGGGGUGUUUGUGCUGUAGAUUUUUCAGGUGAUGGAAAGAAGCUUGCCAGUGUUGGGCUUGAUGAUAACCAUGUCAUUGUGGUGUGGGACUGGAGGAAAGGAGAAAAGCUUGCGACCACUAGGGGUCACAAGGACAAGAUAUUUGUUAUAAAAUGGAAUCCACAGAACCCAGACCUUCUCGUGACGGCAGGCAUGAAACACAUCAAGUUCUGGACACAGACAGGUGGAGGCUUCACAUCCAAACGAGGAACUUUCGGUAGUGCGGGAAAGGCAGAGACAAUGAUGUGUGUGACAUAUGGCAAAGGCCCUGAUCUGGUGUUCUCAGGAGGGGCCAGUGGAAAAGUGUACAUCUGGCAAGGAAACACUCUGAAAAAUUCGGUACAGGCGCAUGAAGGGCCUGUGUUUGCUAUGCAAGUCCUUGAGAAGGGUUUUGUGACUGGUGGUAAAGAUGGAAUAGUUGCUCUUUGGGAUGAGAAUUUUUCUCGCUGUCUAAAGAAUUACAGGGUCGCCCGGACUACCCUGAGCCCUGGUCCACCGUCCUCAAUUCUGUUGGAAGAUGCUCCUCCGAUCCGCGCAAUAACACUGGGACAGGGCAAAAUUUUAGUUGGCACUAAACAUGGCGAGGUAUACACUACACGCUUUUCUGGGAUACCGGAUGGUUUAGGCCGUUACCAGGCUAAUGCGAUUUCGUCUCUUAUCGUCUGCACUAAAACGACCGAAAACGCUGAUCAGAUUAACAGAAAGCUUCUUCAAACCAACUCUGGAGCGAAGGAGCGGCUGUUCUUUGAGGCGCCCCGCGGUACGCGUCAAACAAUAGCCACCAAUAAAGCUAAAGAGAUUGACUGGUUCACAUGGACCGGUGUUCUUGGUGAAGACUGCACGGGAAUCUGGCCGCCACACUCAGACAUUACUGAUGUGAACGCGGUUGAUUUGACCAAGGAUAAGAAGAUCCUAGCCACCGGAGAUGACUUUGGAUUUGUGAAGGUGUUUGAGUACCCAGUCCAGGGCAAGAAUGCCAAGUUUAAGAAAUAUGUCGGCCAUUCUGCGCAUGUCACAAAUGUCCGCUGGACAAAUGACGACAGCCGCUUGAUUUCAGUGGGAGGAGCCGACACGUCAGUCAUGGUGUGGUCACAUGCUCGGGGCCGUGAAAGAGAAGACACUGGUGGCGACAGUGAUGAUUCGGACACAGACUCGGAGGAAGAGGGAGGCUACGACAGUGACGUGCAGAAAGAAAAGAAUCUGACAUACGAGGAUAAGAUUUAUGCAAAUCCGAUUCGAACUACAAAAGGCGUAAAACCACAUCUUAGAGAGAAGCAAGAUGACGAGGAACAUAGACCUGCUGUUAGUCGUGGCUCUAAAGCUCCUCCUAAAGUCAGACAGCUUGAUCGGCAGAGGGACUCGGGAAAGAAAAGAAGAAAUCAACAAAUCCAGGAACUCAGUUUGGAAUUCAUUCACGGCUAUCGAGGAUUUGACACCAGGAACAACUUACACUACCUCCCUGAGGGAGACAUUGUGUACCACGCUGCCGGGGCGGGAAUUGUUCUGAGCACAGCUAAUGGAAUACAGUCAUUCUAUCUUGACCACACCGACGAUAUCAUAUGCUUGGCUGUCAACCAACACCCUAAGUUUAAGAACAUUGUAGCUACUGGUCAGAUCGGUACAGAGCCUUGUGUUCACGUGUGGGAUGCCAUGUCCAAGGAGACGUUAUCCGUCAUACAAGGAUUCCACACCAAAGGCGUGUGUGCAGUGAACUUCAGCUGUAACGGAAAGCUUCUUGUAACUGUAGGCAUCGACGCUGCACAUAGCAUUGCGGUGUGGAAAUGGGCUGAAGGCAGCAAACUUGCCAGUUCUCAUGGUCACACAGAGAGGAUUUUUGUAGCGGAGUUCAGACCAGACUCUGACAGCCAGUUUGUCACAUGUGGAGUAAAACACGUCAAGUUUUGGAGUUUGGCAGGAGGACAGCUGGUUGGAAAACGGGGGGUGAUAACGGCAGCCCUACAGGGGGAGGGUGACGACUCCCAGCUUCGCAUGCAGACAAUGCUAUCGGUGGCGUUUGGAGCGUCUUCACAUAUGUGUUUCAUACCGUUUACUGCAGGAAAGCUUCUUCAAACCAACUCUGGAGCGAAGGAGCGGCUGUUCUUUGAGGCGCCCCGCGGUACGCGUCAAACAAUAGCCACCAAUAAAGCUAAAGAGAUUGACUGGUUCACAUGGACCGGUGUUCUUGGUGAAGACUGCACGGGAAUCUGGCCGCCACACUCAGACAUUACUGAUGUGAACGCGGUUGAUUUGACCAAGGAUAAGAAGAUCCUAGCCACCGGAGAUGACUUUGGAUUUGUGAAGGUGUUUGAGUACCCAGUCCAGGGCAAGAAUGCCAAGUUUAAGAAAUAUGUCGGCCAUUCUGCGCAUGUCACAAAUGUCCGCUGGACAAAUGACGACAGCCGCUUGAUUUCAGUGGGAGGAGCCGACACGUCAGUCAUGGUGUGGUCACAUGCUCGGGGCCGUGAAAGAGAAGACACUGGUGGCGACAGUGAUGAUUCGGACACAGACUCGGAGGAAGAGGGAGGCUACGACAGUGACGUGCAGAAAGAAAAGAAUCUGACAUACGAGGAUAAGAUUUAUGCAAAUCCGAUUCGAACUACAAAAGGCGUAAAACCACAUCUUAGAGAGAAGCAAGAUGACGAGGAACAUAGACCUGCUGUUAGUCGUGGCUCUAAAGCUCCUCCUAAAGUCAGACAGCUUGAUCGGCAGAGGGACUCGGGAAAGAAAAGAAGAAAUCAACAAAUCCAGGAACUCAGUUUGGAAUUCAUUCACGGCUAUCGAGGAUUUGACACCAGGAACAACUUACACUACCUCCCUGAGGGAGACAUUGUGUACCACGCUGCCGGGGCGGGAAUUGUUCUGAGCACAGCUAAUGGAAUACAGUCAUUCUAUCUUGACCACACCGACGAUAUCAUAUGCUUGGCUGUCAACCAACACCCUAAGUUUAAGAACAUUGUAGCUACUGGUCAGAUCGGUACAGAGCCUUGUGUUCACGUGUGGGAUGCCAUGUCCAAGGAGACGUUAUCCGUCAUACAAGGAUUCCACACCAAAGGCGUGUGUGCCGUGAACUUCAGCUGUAAUGGCAAGCUUCUUGUAACUGUAGGCAUUGACGCUGCACAUAGCAUUGCGGUGUGGAAAUGGGCUGAAGGCAGCAAACUUGCCAGUUCUCAUGGUCACACAGAGAGGAUUUUUGUAGCGGAGUUCAGACCAGACUCUGACAGCCAGUUUGUCACAUGUGGAGUAAAACACGUCAAGUUUUGGAGUUUGGCAGGAGGACAGCUGGUUGGAAAACGGGGGGUGAUAACGGCAGCCCUACAGGGGGAGGGUGACGACUCCCAGCUUCGCAUGCAGACAAUGCUAUCGGUGGCGUUUGGAGCGGAUAAUCUGACAUUUACUGGAGCCAUGAAUGGCGAUGUGUUUGUGUGGUCAAGUCACAAGUUAGUGCGGGUAGUGAGCCGGGCGCACAGUGGGCCAGUGUUCACCAUGCACACAACUCUCAGGGAUGGACUCAUUGUCACAGGAGGAAAGGAAAAAGCUAAUACCAAGGAGGGUGUGGCUAUCAAACUCUGGGACCAAGAGAUGAAGCGUUGCCGUUCUUUAAGUUUGGGGCCAGGCCCCAGUGUUGUGCGAUCAGUUUGUAGAGGCAAGGGUAAAAUCCUUGUAGGUACCAAGGACAGUGAAAUAAUUGAGAUCACUGAAAAGACUGCCUCGUCUCAGACCAUCGUCCGUGGCCAUGGUGAGGGAGAGAUCUGGGGUUUAGACUGUCACCCAGAGAGAGAAGUGUUUGUGACAGCUAGUGAUGACCAGACUGUCAGACUGUGGGACGUGGCUAGUAAGACAAUGGUUAAGAUGGCCCCUCUUGGCGUGGCCGCUCGGUCAGCUGCCUUCUCUCCAGAUGGUGAACUGCUUGCUGUCGGUCUCAAAAAUGGCGCCUUUGUUGUUCUUAAAACCGCUGACCUGAAGAUGGUGGCGCAGAAGCGUGAUCGACACCAAGCUAUCCAGGAUGUCAGAUUCAGUCCAGAUGGUAAGUACUUAGCCGUUGGAUCAGACGAUAACUGUGUCGAUUUCUAUGAGCUCCGCGAUGGACGCCCGCUAACACGUGUUGGUUACUGCAAAGGAAUCCCUUCAUUUGUCACUCAGAUGGAUUUCUCUGCGGAUGGCAGAUUCAUUCAAGUGUCCACGGGUGCUUAUGACCGGCUGGUGUUUACUGUUCCUGGUGGAAACCCUUUGAAAAACAGGAAAGAAAUCAACAGAAUCACGUGGGCGUCUUGGACUAGUGUUCUAGGUAAUGAAGUGAUUGGCGUGUGGCCGCGAAACGCUGACAAAGCAGAUGUCAACUGCGCCAAUCUUUCGUCCAGCGGUCUCUCGCUCGCUACUGGUGAUGACUUUGGUUUUGUAAAGUUGUUCGAGUUCCCGGUCACGGAGAAGUUUGCUCCCUUCAAGCGAUACGUAGGCCACUCUGCUCACGUGACUAACGUGCGAUUUACGUGCGAUGACCGCUAUCUGAUCAGCGCGGGCGGAGAUGAUUGCUGCGUCUUCGUUUGGAAAUGUAUAUGAUUACGCGUAAUAGGAUUCGUUAAAAUCAUUGGAUUGGACAAGGAAAAGUAAUGGAAUGAUACAAUUCGUGGAAGAGUCCCCUGAAAAAGUGAAACGAAUGUCCUUGUAACGUUGACAGACGGGAGAGCGAGAAUAUUGUAUUUGAAAUGACUCCUACGAGAAUUAUUGGGCCCGCGUUGUUCAUCAGCGGCGUAUUGGAAGUUGACGUAACAGCUGUCGCGGCCUUGAGUGUUCGUGCUGUUUUCGGAUUUGACAACAAAAAUCCGGAAACUGCGAACACGUCUUCGCAGAUUUGGCAAGAAGCAGUUUUUGGAGCCCUGGCUGUUAACAGGAAAAGAGUAGAUCUGUUGUCAGGACCUCUGUCUCUCUGACAUGCGAGGAAAUUCUUUAAAAGUCUAUAUUAACCGUUAUUUAUUGAAUUUAGGAAGCUCUGAACGAGUACCCUGGUCCCGGUUGUUUUCUCUUUUUAUCGAAUUUAAGAAAACAAGAAAGAAAUGUUGAGCAAAGCGUGGCUCAGAAUUCAAGUUACAAAGAUAAAAUCAGAAUAGUCUGAGCAACAAAGUUAAUUUUUUUUCGAUGAGUUUUCGCGCGCUUGUGAAGCAUGGGUUUUGGCUGACUCGCACUUCUCCAAAUCGCGCGUUUUCGCACGCGAUCACCUGUGAUCGCGCGUGCCGUGCUCACCUCAAGCGCGCACGAAAGCGUAAAAAUUACUCUGUUCGCUCAAAUAACUAGACAUAGUUAAUUCAUUUAGGCGCAUCUCCGCACAAAGGUGAUAACAUAUUGAUAGCGAACUAAGGUGUCUUUUGAUGUAUUUUAUUUAAGUGACGAAGAGAAAUGGUCAUACUGUGAGUAAGAAAAAAGACAACAACUUGCCAUUGAGGUUACAAUAAACCUUAUAAAAUAAAUUUGCUUUCUAUUUGACUGAUGUUGUGCGCAUGAACGUGUUUGCAAAGUUUAACGGAAAGUUAAUUGUCUUGUUGAUGCUUGGAGAAGGAAAUUCUGGUACUCACUGGUAAUGAAAGCAGCUGGUAGACGGGGAUUGGAAUCUAAUGUGGGUGGAACACGAGGGAGCGAAGACUGCCCUGCUUUUGCUCAGAAAACAAUUCCCUUCUCGACUAGGCAAGAUGGGUACCACAGGCCUAACUAUCUCUUGGAAGGAAUGGGGGGAGACGGAGAGAGACCGACCUCUUUGCACAUGAUGGACUCUCGUUAGCACACACACAUGCUACGAAGGAACUUUACUUCGUGCUUUAAAUUCAAUGAAACCGUUAAGGUAGCCAUGACGUACUUUUCUGGACACCUGGGUUGGGGUAGGAGUUUUUGGCGCCUAGUCUUGAAUAGGGUUUCAAAAUCAAACUGAUAAUGGUCUAGUACAGGGGAAGGGUUUCAGUGUACUAUAGGCACACCCCCACCCAAAGAGUUAAUGANCCCCCCCCCAACGUGUUUAUACACGGUUUUGUCAGCUUUCUCCUUUGUUAUGGGCAUACCGGUAUUUAAGUGCCGGAGGAUCAUGAAAAGAGAACCAAAUAUGAAUCGAGAUGCAAUAUUUGCAUGGUUUCUCGAGUAAUUAUUCAGCUCAGAUGAACGAACUCGCGAAUGACUGGUGUGCAGCACAGCAACGAAAAAAACCCAAGUGAUUUCUGUUUUUGGCUCAGAUUAAAUUCUGCAAUGAGUUGUGUGGAGGAUACAAAAUGUCUUUUUUUUUUCAAUGUACAGUCCUUUAUUGUGUGUUUACAAAUCUCUAAAAUAUCUUGGCCUCAUGCUUUCAACUUUAUCUUGGCUUGCUGACCUUCCUGUUCUUUAGAGGUUUAUAUCGUCAAAUCUUACCGUCAACCGAGACUACUUCAGGAAAAUCGUUUUAUAACAUAUCCAAAAAGUCAAUUGAACACUCUCUUUAUACUGCCGCUUAUAAGCUCUGGGCUUAUACAACUUCGUAAGGGUUUUUAAAUGGGCUUAUAAACGGAGAGGCUUAUAUUUGAGGGGGCUAAUAACCGGAAUGAAAAGAGCAUUUGAAAAGGAGCUUUAGCAAUUAAGAUUUAACACAUAAUAUUAAAAUGAAGUUAAAACAAGGAAAGUUAGAGAGGGGUCUUAUA